GCGCUCAAUUCUCUCCAAGUGAAACCACAGAGUUGAGGAGGAAGGGGCCGCCCCGGUAACCGAAGAACUACUACGAUUAAGACAAGAGUCUGUGAUUUUUUCGCUCUUUAUAAAGAUUAAUUAUCUUCUGAAUAACAGAAGACGCACGUUUUUUUGCUUCUUGGACGCGAGGACAUAGGUGUGCAGUGAGCUUAGCAGCAGGCCUGUGUUGAAGGGAGUGUGUCUGUGAUGGACCGGCUGAAGCUUUCCCGUAUAGAUGAGGAGCUGGAGUCCUCUGAGGUGGCAGCUCUCUGCUUCUUGUGUCGUGAUGUUGUCAACAAGAAACGUCUGGAGGGGAUCACUGAUGCAAAAAAGCUGUUUGUGAGACUUGAAGAAAUGGCUCUGUUGGACAAUCAUUUCUUCCUUCGUCAGCUGUUGGAAACUAUCCGUCGAGCUGAUCUCCUGAGCCUGCUGGAGACAGACAGCAUGCAACCAGAAGAGACCGACGCCUAUCCCAUGCUGUCACAAUACAGGGUGAUGCUGUACAGAGUGUACGAGGACAUGACGCGGGAAAAUCUUGAAAAGAUGAAGUUUCUGUUGAGCAGCAAACUGGGCAGAGGACAAAUUGAGGCAUGCGAUACAGCACUGGAUGUGUUUGCUGAAAUGGAGAAAAAAAGUUUGCUGUCAAACACAAAUCUCAAGGAGCUGCAUGCGGUGCUGCUGGAGCUGGAUCAACAACUGGCACUGACUGUGCAGCAGCACAUGGAAGGGAGAACCCAGCAGCAUCAAACCCCAAGACCUUUACGUGUCAGCAUGGAUCACCAGAGGGUCAAUCAUGCCCGACAGCCAUCACAGCCUGUUGUGUCGAUAUCUGAGACCCAGCCCAGCGAUAACCAACGUGUUUGCUCCGAUGCACAACCAGCGACGGAGUCCUCCUCCCUUCUUGAUCCAACUGAGUACUAUGCCUUGACUCAUAUCCCACGUGGUUUGUGUGUGGUCAUCAACAAUGAAGACUUCCCGGGAACUGACCUGGGAAAACGAAGAGGGACUCAGGAGGAUGCGAAGGCUCUGCGCGCACUGUUCACCAGCCUUGGCUUCACUGUGGUGGUACACGACAACUUGACUGCAGGAGACAUGAAACGUGAACUGCAAAAGCUGGGCUCGAGGAAUUUUUUGGACGAUGAUGCCUUGGUGGUAUGCGUGCUGUCCCAUGGAUUAAAGGGAUAUGUCUUUGGGACUGAUGAGCAGCCAGUGUACUUGCAAGAACUGACCUCGCCCUUCACCGGCGUGGCAGCUCCCACCUUGGCAGGAAAGCCCAAAUUGUUCUUCAUCCAGGCGUGUCAGGGACUAAAAUACCAGAAAGGAUCCGUGCCGUGUCCCCCAAGGCCACAGCAGGAGGACUGGGACAGACAGACCACCCUGGAAGAAGACGCAGGUCGCGUGGAUGGCGAGACGGUGCCUUCAGAUGCUGACUUCCUGCUGGGCAUGGCCACUGUGCAAGAGUGCAAGUCCUUUCGACACAUUUAUGAAGGGACCAUCUACAUCCAGGAGCUGUGCAGGCAGCUGAUGAAGGCAGCAGAAAGCUCAGAGAACGAUGAUGUCCUCUCUGUGCUGACUCGUGUCAACAGGGAGGUCAGCAGAAGAGAAUAUGCAACCCACAAACAAAUGCCAGAGCCCAAGUACACCCUCACCAAGAAGGUCGUCCUCAAGCUAGUGUGAGCUGACCGAGACCAAGUGCAAUGCUGAAACUGUGCCAGAUUCAGAUUGACGUGGAUGUGACCAGUCUACAGUGUGUAUGACUGUGGUUGUAUGUGUGUAUGUGUAUGUUUGUGUGUGUGUGUUUUCAAUCGGCUGCUGUGAUGAAUUUGAAUGUCAGCAUCUUUAUAGAAUCUGUUCUCUCUUGAUACAACAAACAAAAAAAGCAUCAUGGCAUAUAAAAUGUUACAGAAGCCACUCAGAGAAAAUGCCCUUCCUGAGAUGUUCAUCAUGAUUCCAGUGUCAUACCAAGAAAAUAAACAUUAUUCGGAACAUU